AUGGAUCAUGAGGAGCCAAAGGUGAACCCUUCGGAGGCUGCAGUGAAACAUGAAAAGGAAGAUUUUCUUGCAGCAGAGCUUGAAAAAGCAAGUCUCGAAACCAAGGCCGUUCCUAUGAUUGGAGGUCAAAAGUCUCAGCAAAGAAAAGAUACGGAUUCACACAAGAUUCUCGAGGGGGGUAUUAUUUAUUUCUUUUAUCGAUCCCGAGUUAAUCUUUUGGGGGCUCGUGAAAUCGACGAUGUUGCAAGAAGCUUCAUUGUUCUUCGUCCAGCACCUUCGGAGACAUAUUCGGACCCAAAAAUGGAUUCAUUUCAGUUCGGGGAAAAGUUUCGACUCCUUGUCGUGCCCAAGAAGGUACUCCCGAAAUCUGGGGGGAUAAAAGAGAUGGGAUUUGUGGAAAAGGCUGGAAUUACCCUAAAAGAGCUUCAGGAGACGUUUAUCGCCGCGAUAGAUUAUAAGACCCAAACUCACGGCACAAGGACCAUACCAGAAGCAAAAAUGUACGCAAAAGGUGUCUAUGUGAUUUCUUCAACAAAGCGAAGCUCUGAUUUGGCCUACAUCCUUACAUAUCCUAAGAGACUCGGUCCUGUCCAGGAAGACUUCGGUCUCCAUCAGCGAGGAAGUUGGAUUGUGCAGUCGAAAAACCCGAAGCUAUUUAGUCCGCCAUCCAUGAGCCUUCCUAAUAAACCAGAGUAUCCUGAGAGUGCACAGUUCCUCCUAAUUGGCCGGUCUAGACACAAGGAAUUCUCCAUUACAACUAGGGUGAAACUUGAGAACAUAGAGGAACCAGAUAGGCAACUGGAGGAAAUAGCACUUAAAUUGGACGAAAAGGAGAAGAAAUUUCGGGGAUUAGAUCCAGUUUAUGGUGACUUGGGAUUGGAGGUCCACCACUAUCCCAAAAUCUCUACAGAUUGGGAUCAAUACUAG